AUGGCUUCAGUGUCUACCAUCCGUAUCGGAUAUGUGCCUGAGCACUAUCUGACCCCCCUGCAUCUGGCUCUGCGCUCCAAGGCUGUUGCUUCUCUUCCAUACAAGAUCGCUCUUACCCCAUUCCCGUCUGGCACGGGUCAUAUGAUCACAUCCCUGCGCGGCAAUGAGAUUGACAUUGCGAUUGGUUUGACCGAGGGUUGGGUCGCCGGCUUGGCCGGUAAGCAGCAGGCACAAAGCACAGGCGAUGGCGGAUACAAAGUCAUUGGUCACUGGGUCGACAACCCUCUACGAUGGGCCAUUGUCACAGGUCGUAACCGCAGCGAGAUCAACGGAGUCCCGGAUCUGCAAGACUCAAGAGUCGGAGUGAGCCGUCUUGGAAGUGGUUCUCACAUCAUGUCCUUCGUCCUCGCCCAACAGCAAGGCUGGAAAUCCGACUCCUUGACAUCUGUCCCUCUUGGACCCUUCGGCGCUCUACGAAACGGAGUAACCGGCGAAGACGAGGCCAAGCCAGAGCAAGUACCAAACCCCACAGCCGAAUUCUUCAUGUGGGAGCACUUCACAACAAAGCCCUACUUCCACGCAACAGCAGACAAGCCCAACCCACCACUCAAGAACAUUGGCGAGAUCUUUACCCCCUGGCCCUCAUGGAUGAUGGUGGCAUCGACAGCACUCUUCCCCGCCCCUGCAAAUGAUGACCGCCUCGCACAGCUUUUCCAGGCCCUGGACCUUGGAAUCAAGGAAUUCGAAGCCGAUACCGCUCAGGUUGUGAAGCUUUUGGGAACUGGAGAGCUUGGCUGCACUUAUAUUGAGGAAGAUGCUACGGAGUGGUUGAAGGAUGUCAAGUUCACUGAUAGCACUCGUGGUGUGGAUCGUGAGGUGAUUACGGGUGUUGUUGAUGUCCUUAAGGUGGCCGGUGUUAUUGAUCCGGCAAUGGAUAACGAGGAGGCUAUCCAGCGGGUUAUUGGUAUCCCAAGGUAA